CUACCUUUUUAGGGGAGGCUGAAAUUGUGAUUAAGUUAGGUAUUGAACCCUGGUUUGGUGGCUUGGUCUGGCAUAAGUGACUUCACUUGGGCCUGUAGUUUUCUUUUUAACAGCAGUGCGGAUGACUUUGCUGUUGAGGAAAUGGAUUAAUCAGUGUUGGUAGCUGGGAGUAUGGUGAGCAAUAGAAUGUUUUAGGUAUUGGAAUCCAGAUUUUGGCUUUAUUAUCAGAAUGGGAAUGCAGUGGCUGGUGUGAGGGAAUUUGUUAAGGGAAAAGCCAGUUCAUUCUACAGUCUUCAGAAUGUCUUCCACAGAGGAUGGAUAAAGAGCCUUGAGGGUUUCCACUGCUAACUUACCAAUGAGCAGCAGGCUUUUCUUUCUUAUUCAACCUGAAUCUGAAGCCUUUUGGAGAGAGAGGGCUGUGCUGAGGGAAAGUCCACAGUGGGAGGAGCAGAGCGGUGUGUGACAGCAGGGCUUGGCACACUGGAGAUUCUCGGUAAACAUUGCUGACAGAACUCGUUUACAGAUGGUGGUUAAUUUAUGGGAACAGAUGACAUUUCCUGGUUCUACGAGAGUCAAGAUCAGGGAAACAGUAACAAGGAUAGCUUCUUUGGAAGUUAAAAAUAAAUACUCAAUCUUAAAAAUAGUUUUAGUUUGUGAAAAGUUUUUAACCGAUAGGGAUAAUUUCCAUGCUUCAGGUGGAUGUGGAGCAUCUCUUCUCAGGUGUUUUGGGCUUUGCAGCUUUGUUUAUAUAGUUAUAUAUAAAUAACUUGACAUUGUUCCAUUAAAUUAGAAAACUAAAAAAGCCUGGAGUUGUGUUGGUAAAUACUACUUUCUAGCAGAAUCACAUUAAUGAAAUCAGCUUAGGUACAGGAAAAAACCUAUUUUUUUAAAAAAAAUGCUCUGUAAAAGAGAAGGAUGAUCUUCCCUCACCCCAGUGUUAAAAAGCAAAAAAGCUUCAGUUUUGACUAUCGAUUAAAGUUUUCAUGCUGCCGUGUCUGGCACAGGAUUUGAGCUGUCAGGUUGCAUCCCUGCUAUAAACAGGAAAACUCAAGCUUAGCAUAAUGGUGGUCUUCUCCUCCUUCUCAUCUAAAUAUAAAGGCAUCUUGAGAAAAUAUAUUAUGCCUAUUACUAUAGUUCAACUCAAGUUUCCCUUUUAAACAAAUGCCAAAUAAGGCCAGUAAUAUUUCUUUCUUACAAAUUAAUUUUAGAUUUAGAAAAAACAAAAACUGCACUGAGCAUUUAAAGUCUAUACUCAUAUAAAUUAAAGACCAUUAAAUAAGGUCUGAUUUUCCUCAUGGUUCAAAACUCCAGAGGGAGGCCUUGCUGUCCUCACACAACCUGUUCCUUGAUUCAAUCCUGGAGAAACUUGAAACCUACUAUCUACCAGUUGACAGGCUGGAUGGGUGAGUCUUUUGUUUUCAGAGUGCCCUCUUGUGGGCAGUUUCCCUCAAGUGAGGCUCCGUGGUGCCUUGGAUGACCCUGGAGAUCAGCUUGAAAAUCUGUGCUCAGACAAGCAGCAAGGUGGAUUUUGGCUCACCUGGCCUGGUGAGGACCUCAGCAGGGUUUUGAUGCCAACGUGGGAGUGCAGGACCUCACAAAGCAGCCCCUCUCUCCCCACCUUGCUUUGAUGGAUGUUGAUAAAGAAGUGCUUCCUAGGAGCCGCAGCGGGCCUGGCCCGGCUCUCAGCACCUCCAGACCUGCAUAUUCUAGGCCUAUUUUGCAGUAAUGUCCGCCAGCCCCCUCCCCCCCUCCCCCCAGAACUCCAAGUCUGUCAGAGAACUCCAGUUGAAUUAGCUUUCUGGAAAGAUAGGUAAUAGUAAAAUGAUGGAUGGGAUUUUAACCCUGGGAAAGAGUUUUAUUUUGAAAACUUUUGGGUUUGGUUUAAAUAUAUUUGCUGUGACUUUGCUUUAGCCUCGGAUAAAGGUAUUAUAGAAGAUCUUUCUUUUAUUCUUUGGGAACUUAAUAUAAGGCUGUUCUUCCUAUCCAGUGGCACCUUGUGACAUGGUAAAAAUGAUAGAUGACUUUUAUUUUUUGUGUAAUCAGAAUUGAAGAAAUAUUUAGUUUUUCCUCAUGUUCCAUAUACAGGGGUGAAAACUAACCUAGGAUGGGUGGUCUGGAGCCAUGCGUCUCCUUGGGAUUCCUGGCUGGCUGCUUCUUCAGUUUGUGGGACAAGGUCCUUUCAAGGAAGGCUGGACCUCAUGGCUGAUGUCAAUGAUGUGGGAAGAAGCCACAUAAUGAUAAAGUCUUUAGAAGCACAGGCCUUGGGGUCAGAAGUACCUAGUGCAAAUCCCAACUCUGCUGCUUACUGUGUACACUCAUCUAACUCUCUACCUGAAAAAUAGAUCGAAGUGAUGCUACUGAUCCAGUAGCAUUUUAUGGAGACUAAUACGUGAGCACAGUGUGAUCUGCUGUCAUGGUUGAGAGUUGAGUUUUUAAAACCCUUGGCACAGAUGUCGUGAAGUCUGCAUUUGAAGGUUAUAAUGCUUGUGUCUUUGCGUAUGGACAAACUGGAUCGGGAAAGUCCUACACUAUGAUGGGAAAUUCUGGCGAUUCUGGCUUAAUACCUCGGAUCUGUGAAGGGCUCUUUAGUCGUAUAAAUGAAACCACCAGAUGGGAUGAAGCAUCUUUUCGAACUGAAGUCAGCUACUUGGAAAUUUAUAAUGAACGUGUGAGAGACCUACUUAGGCGGAAGUCAUCCAAAACUUUCAAUUUAAGAGUCCGAGAGCACCCAAAAGAAGGACCUUAUGUUGAAGAUUUAUCCAAACAUUUAGUACAGAAUUAUGGUGAUGUAGAAGAACUUAUGGAUGCAGGAAAUAUCAAUCGAACCACAGCAGCAACUGGGAUGAAUGACGUCAGUAGCAGGUCUCAUGCCAUCUUCACCAUCAAGUUCACUCAGGCAAAAUUUGAUUCUGAAAUGCCGUGUGAAACCGUGAGUAAGAUCCACCUAGUUGAUCUUGCUGGAAGUGAGCGCGCGGAUGCUACGGGUGCCACUGGGGUUAGACUAAAGGAAGGAGGGAAUAUUAACAAAUCCCUCGUGACUCUGGGAAAUGUCAUUUCUGCCUUAGCUGAUUUAUCUCAGGAUGCGGCAAACCCUCUUGUGAAGAAGAAGCAAGUUUUUGUGCCUUACAGGGAUUCUGUUUUGACUUGGUUGUUGAAAGAUAGCCUUGGUGGGAACUCUAAAACCAUCAUGAUCGCCACUAUUUCACCUGCUGAUGUCAAUUAUGGAGAAACCCUAAGUACUCUUCGCUAUGCAAAUAGAGCCAAAAACAUCAUCAACAAGCCUACUAUUAAUGAGGAUGCCAACGUCAAACUCAUCCGUGAGCUGCGUGCUGAAAUAGCCAGACUCAAAACACUGCUUGCUCAAGGCAAUCAGAUUGCCCUCUUAGACUCCCCCACAGCCUUAAGUAUGGAGGAGAAACUUCAGCAGAAUGAAGCAAGAGUUCAAGAAUUGACCAAGGAAUGGACAAAUAAGUGGAAUGAAACCCAAAAUAUCUUGAAAGAACAAACUCUAGCCCUUAGGAAAGAAGGGAUUGGAGUUGUUUUGGAUUCUGAACUGCCCCAUUUGAUUGGCAUUGAUGAUGACCUCCUGAGUACUGGAAUCAUCUUAUAUCACUUGAAGGAAGGUCAGACAUAUGUUGGUAGAGAAGAUGCUUCAACAGAACAAGAUAUUGUUCUUCAUGGCCUUGACUUGGAGAGUGAGCACUGCAUCUUUGAAAAUGUUGGGGGGAUGGUGACCCUGAUACCCCUGAGCGGGUCUCAAUGCUCUGUGAAUGGUGUUCAGAUCAUGGAGGCCACACACCUAAAUCAAGGUGCUGUGAUACUCUUGGGAAGAACUAAUAUGUUUCGCUUUAACCAUCCUAAGGAGGCUGCCAAGCUCAGGGAGAAGAGGAAGAGUGGCCUUCUGUCCUCCUUCAGCUUGUCCAUGACGGACCUCUCCAAGUCCUGUGAGAACCUGUCUGCGGUCAUGUUAUAUAACCCUGGUCUUUUCCCUAUAAAAGGACCCAUCUGUCUAAGACUUGAAUUUGAGCGGCAGCAGCGUGAAGAACUUGAAAAAUUGGAGAGUAAAAGGAAACUCAUAGAAGAAAUGGAAGAGAAGCAAAAGUCAGAUAAGGCAGAAUUGGAGCGGAUGCAGCAGGAGGUGGAGACCCAGCGCAAGGAGACAGAGAUCGUCCAGCUCCAGAUCCGCAAGCAGGAGGAGAGCCUCAAACGCCGGAGCUUCCAUAUUGAGAGCAAACUGAAGGAUUUGCUCGCUGAAAAGGAAAAGUUUGAAGAGGAAAGGCUGAGGGAGCAGCAGGAAAUCGAGCUGCAGAAGAAGAAGCAAGAGGAAGAGAGCUUUCUCCGAGUCAAGGAAGAGCUCCAGCGGCUCCAAGAACUCAACAACAAUGAGAAGGCUGAGAAGCUUCAAAUCUUUCAAGAGCUGGACCGGCUGAAAAGGGAGAAGGAUGAGCAGUAUGCCAAGCUCGAAUUGGAGAAGAAGAGGCUGGAGGAGCAGGAGAAGGAGCAGGUCAUGCUCGUGGUACAUCUGGAAGAGCAGCUGCGUGAGAAGCAGGAGAUGAUCCGGCUCCUCCGGCAAGGGGAAGUGCAGCGGGUGGAGGAGGAGAAGCGGGAUCUGGAAGGCAUCCGAGAGUCCCUCCUUCGGGUGAAGGAAGCCCGGGCUGAAGGGGAGGAUGAUGGUGAGGAGUUAGAAAGGGCUCAGCUCCAUUUCUUAGAGUUCAAGAGAAGGCAGUUGGUCAAGCUAGCCAACUUGGAGAAGGACCUGGUCCAGCAGAAGGACCUCCUGAGAAAAGAAGUUGAAGAGGAACAGGAACUCCUAGAGCGUUUAAAAUCUGCAGAAGAGGAAGACUCUAGGUUAUUGAAGAAAAAUGAUGCUAGCAUCACAAACGUUACCCUGCUGGCUCGAAAUGUGGAGAAGAUAAAGCCAGCAGAAUAUAGGCUGCAGUAUAAAGAACGCCAGCUCCAGUACCUGCUGCAGAAUCAUUUGCCAACCCUAUUGGAAGAAAAGCAGAGAGCAUUUGAAAUCCUUGACAGAGGUCCCCUUGGCUUAGACAACACUCUUUAUCAAGUGGAGAAAGAGAUGGAAGAAAAAGAGGAACAGCUUGCCCAGUACCAGGCCAACGCGAGCCAGCUGCAGAAGCUCCAGGCCACCUUCGAAUUCACUGCCCACAUUGCACGUCAGGAAGAAAAGGUGAGGAAGAAGGAAAAGGAGAUCCUGGAGUCUCGGGAGAAGCAGCAGAGGGAGGCGCUGGAGCGAGCUGUGGCCAGGCUGGAGAGGAGGCACUCAGCCCUGCAGAGGCGCUCCACCCUGGGCCUGGAGAUCGAGGAGCAGAGGCAGAAGCUCGCCACGCUCCACAGCAGCAGCAGCGAGCAGUCUGGGCUCCAGGCCAGCCUGGAAGCUGAACAGGAAGCCCUGGAGAAGGACAGGGAGAGAUUAGAGCAUGAAAUCCAGCAGUUGAAGCAGAAGAUCUGUGAGGUUGAUGGUGUUCAUAAAGCGCAUCAUCGGACCUUGGAGGGGAAGGCUCCUUCUCCCAGCUUGCCAUCCAGUACUGAGAAGUCACACCUGGUCCCUCUGAUGGAUGCCAGGAUCAAUGCUUACAUUGAAGAAGAAGUCCAAAGACGACUUCAGGAUUUACAUCGCGUGAUUAGUGAGGAUGGUGAUGCAUCUGCAGAUGUGGUGAAGGAUAAUGAGAAACUCCACAAUGGCACCAUUCAACGCAAGCUAAAAUAUGAGAAAAGGCGUCUUGUCCCACUGCGGCCCAGAGAUGUUCCUGACACUUCCAGCAGAGAAGAGGGGAGGGAGGUGGAUCAGAACCACCACGAAGAUCAUCCCUUGGCAUGGAGCAUCUCAGGCGCUAUGGCUCCCUUCUCAGAAUCACAAGAGAGAGCCCAGCAGCAAGGCCAUCAGUCCUCAGUGUAUGAGCUGCUGCAGAACAGUGAUUGCAGACCUGGUCAUCUUGCAUCCGCAGGCUGUUUUCAACCAAAAUGUUUCAGUCUACCUGAAAUCACUUCCCUUAACAAAAGCAACACCAGUGACAUAAAACAUUUUCAGCGUAGGUCAGGAAAUUUCCGUGAGCGGAUGACUCAUAAAGAUGAGUACAGCUUGGGAAUCAAGUCUGGCUGGACUUUGCUGCAAGAUUUGUGCCAAGAAUUGUCUAUGAAUAAUGGAGGCAAGCAGACCAGGCAAAGCAAGUUACUCUUUGUCCUCUCUGAAAACAUUCCUAGUGAGGAAAGUGCCUCCCACAAUGUUCCUCAUGGUGCACCAACCUCAAAGUUUUGUGGUGCGCAGCAAGUCGAGAGAGAGUUAGCUGCUAAAAAAGUUAACUUUCCACAGUCCCUGAUGAAUACCAACACAGAAGCAACCAGUGGGUUGGGCUAUUUUUACCACAGACUCUCAGACCUUUAUAAAGAUACCUGCAGUCACCUGCUGCAGUCUGGCACAGAGGUGAUCCGCCUAGUCAGGCACGUGGGGAGCCUGCGUGACCCCAGUGAGCUCACCUCCCAUGUGAUCACAUUUAUCAGAAGACUGCCAUUUCUGAAACACUUUCCCCUAGACACAUCCCUGAAGACACACGGACUGUCAGCAGAGUCUCAUUCUUUCCCUGGAGAAGCUCAAGUGGGCAGCAGCAACAGUGAGGAGGCAGGUGCUGCUUGGCCAGGAGAGAGCUCUGCGCCUUUCAGAGCCCCAGGCCUCACUGUGGCCUCUGCACCUGCGGGAUCACCAGGCUCCUUCCCGAGCUCAGUCUGCCACCUAGAAUACGAAGGUGCUAGACAGAGCUGUGCAUUUAAGCAGACCCUGGUACAGUUUCCAGCCCAGAUGCUGAAACUUCAGGAGCACCCUUUAGAAGACUUUCUUGAGCACGUGGCUUGCUCCCUACCAGAACUUGGGGGCGAUGUGAACAAAGUGCAGGGUGUUUACUGGCUUGCUGUUGCCACCUAUACUGAACCUGACCCACAACCAGCGUGUUUUCUCCUGCUUCAUUCCAUUUUAUACACUUUGGUUCUGUCAGAUAACCCGUCAGGCUCAGUGGCUGUUUUUCAUUCUCUACCUCUUUCUGGACUAGAGGAGAUUCAAAUUGGCUUUGGUGGGCAGAGCAUUAGAUUCCUGGGCUCUACAGAGAGUCUGCAGCUCACUGUAUUUAGUUACAACAAAGACCUCUGUCAGCAGAUAUGCCGUGACAUCCUGGGUGUCCUGAUGCCUGAGUCUGAUGUUGCUGCCUGUACUAACCAUCCUUUGUUCCAACAAGAUCUGGUUCAGCUCUCUCUGGAUUGGAAAGCAGAAGUCCCUGAUUUAGUUUUGGCAAAUGGAGUUCGGUUGUCAUCCAGAUUCCGGAAUACCUUGGUUGACAUGAUUUAUAUUCUUCAUGGAAACAUGGAAGUCAACAUCCCCUCUCUGGCAGAGGUUCAGUUAUUGCUCUACACGACUGUCAGAGUUGAGGGUGACCCUGGCCCAGACCAGUGCCAGUCGUUGGUCCUUCUAAACACCCACAUUGCCCUUCUGAGGGAAGAUCGAGUUUUCUAUCCCCGCACUCAGUCUCUAAACAUACCUCCUUCACGAACACAAUUUGACGUGACCAGAUGCCGUGCUUUAAGCGAAUUCAGGUGUGUUGUUGUUCCAGAGAAGAAAACAUUGUCAACCGUUGAACUUGUCUUCUUCAAUAAACACAAAGUCUCAUCAGGUUCAAGAAAUGGUGCUAAGCACUUUGAGGAAGCGCAGAACAUCCAGUUAUUCACCAGCAUGCUGUGUCUUCAGGGCAGUCAGAACAUGGCACCUGAUAUCUGGAAAAUGACCCUCAGCUCUCAUGAUGAGGCUCUGUGGCUCAUCUCACAUUUGACAAGGCUCGAAGGAGGAAACUUGUAAAAAUAUUCUGCAUGUUUUUUGAGAUUUUUAAUAAAAUGAACAUUAUGUUAAUAGUCAAGGACUAGGAAUAUCUUUGUGAUUUAAAAUUGGAAAAGUGCAGACCUCUAAAAUUGAAAAUGUAAAUAUUUUAAAUAUCUACAAUAAAAGAAAAAUAGGGGAUAGCUGAGCACUGAUAAAAUAUCUUUAUCACCACUCUACUUCAUUUUCUUGAACCUCAGCCUUGUAAA